AUGACCAAUCAGACCCUUCUGUUGCCUACAGAAUAUGUUUUAGAAUAUUAUGAUGAUUACAAUGAUACCGUAUUGAACAACAGCUCAAAAGGGAUUGUGUUCCACUAUUCCCAUGAUAUCAUCUCCAUCUUGGUUCUUUUCAUCUGCACCAGUGGUCUUGUGGGGAAUGGAAUUGUCAUCUGGCUUCUCGGCUUCCACAUUAAGAAGAAUCCUUUCACCACCUACAUCCUGAACUUGGCUGUGGCUGACUUUGGAGUCCUCAUAUCUAUCUUUUCAUUCUGUACUUCAGAGUUGUUUCCAUACAGCUUUUUCCCUUUUCUUCAGAUAAUGCAAGUGAUCUAUCAAUUCAUGCACUGCAGUGAUCAUCUUCUACUGACAGCCAUCAGCAUCGAAAGAUGUGUAUCAGCCCUCUUCCCAAUGUGGCAUCGAUGCCACCGGCCAACCUACUUGUCCACAUUUGUGUGUUCCCAAAUAUGGUGUUUCUCCAUCUUCCCCUGUGUGAUUUGUAUCACCUUUCAGAUAAUGGAGUCACAACAACAAGCCCUCAGUGCUUUCCUGUAUCAUUUAAUAGUCAUUGUUGUGCUUUGCCUCCCACUUCUCACUCUCUCCACUCUGAUAUUGCUGUUCAAAUUCUGCUGCAAAGCACAACAACCUCACCGGGGAAAGCUUUUAACUGUCAUUUUACUCACUCUCAUUUUCUUCCUCAUCUUCGCUUUUCCAAUUAAUGCUUUCGUUUUUUUCAUCCAUUAUUUUUCUAACUAUGAAUACUUCUACCUAAUCGAAUAUGGCUUCUUAUGUGCUUCUCUAAACAGUGGCAUUAACCCAGUUAUCUAUUUCCUGGUUGGGAGGAAGAAGAAGAGUCAAACAAGAGAAAGUAUGAAGGUCAUGCUCCAAAGAGUUUUCAAGGAGGAAGAGGGUAAAGAAGAACUAGAACUUGCAGAUAAAACCUAG